CCCUCCCGGCCAUACCUCGCAUAGCCAGCAUGUCAGCGCACUCCACUUGCAGCGGGCUGUGAGGGAAGCCAGCGCGGCUUUGUCCUGGGAAAUGUGCUGCGUGUUUUUCUUUUUUCCUCCUCUCUCAUUUCAAAGAAAGACUUGUAAGGACUUCUGAAACUAUUUUUCAAUACCCGAUCGAGGAUACAAUACGUAUACCAUCUGCCAAGAAGCCCUUGCAGGGUUUCGUGGGAGUCUGAUUUUUUUUUUUUUUUUUGCGUAUGUGUGUUCUUUUUUUUUAACUUUUGCAUACUUUGUUUUGAUACUCUGAGGCUGGGCCUCUGUGAAGUUGAAGAGAAGAGCCAGGAGCUACUCAGCAACAAUUGAUUUUUGAAAUCCAUUGUUUCAGGGCGAAAGCAAAGAGCUGGUUUUCUUUGCUGGCCCAAUCAAUGCUAUUUAUGAAGAUGGACCUGUUGAACUACCAGUACUUGGACAAGAUGAACAACAACAUCGGCAUCCUGUGCUACGAAGGUGAAGCUGCUCUUAGGGGAGAACCCAGAAUGCAGACGCUCCCGGUGGCCUCUGCCCUCAACAGUCACCGCACGGGCCCUCCCCCCAUCAGCCCCAGCAAGAGGAAGUUCAGCAUGGAGCCGGGUGACGAGGACCUAGACUGUGACACCGACCACGUCUCCAAGAUGAGUCGCAUCUUCAACCCCCAUCUGAACAAGACUGCUAAUGGAGACUGUCGGAAAGACCUCCGGGAGCGGAGCCGCAGCCCCAUCGAGCGUGCUGUGGCCCCCACCAUGGGCCUGCACGGUAGCCACCUGUAUACGUCCCUGCCCAGCCUCAGCAUGGAGCAGCCCCUCGCACUGACGAAGAACAGCCUGGACGCCAGCAGGCCAGCUGGCCUCUCACCGACACUGACCCCGGGGGAGCGGCAGCAGAACCGGCCCUCAGUGAUCACCUGCGCCUCGGCCGGUGCCCGCAACUGCAACCUCUCGCACUGCCCCAUCGCGCACAGCGGCUGUGCAGCGCCUGGGCUCGCCAGCUACCGGAGGCCACCGAGUGCCACUACCACCUGCGACCCCGUGGUGGAGGAGCAUUUCCGCAGGAGCCUGGGCAAGAACUACAAGGAAGCCGAGCCGGCAGCCAGCUCCGUGUCCAUCACAGGCUCUGUGGACGACCACUUUGCCAAAGCUCUUGGUGACACGUGGCUUCAGAUCAAAGCGGCCAAGGACGGAGCAUCCAACAGCCCCGAGUCUGCCUCACGCAGGGGCCAGCCCGCCAGCCCCUCCGCCCACAUGGUCAGCCACAGCCAUUCCCCCUCCGUGGUGUCCUGAACGGGCCCUUCCGGCAGCACAGGGUCUGCAUGGUUUGCCUGAGCUUUGAACAGUCAGCUUAAAAAAAACAAAAAAAUCGUGGGGGUGGUGGGGGAGGGAAGGGAUGGUUUAUUCGCAAAAACCAUGUCGGGAUUUUUUGUUCUGUUGUUUUUGUACUUGCUUGGUAUUCGUACAAGGGGGCCCUCAAACACGACCGCAGGAACUACGUGGGGAACAUCUGUCUAACGUAGCAUCCUUACUUCCUGCCUCAGUUACCAAAGAAACCUCUGAUGCAGGUAGACCGCCCUGACGGGGCUGGGACUCCACAGCACGCUUUCUCAGCCACAAGCCAUGACAGUGGUGACCAGACGCUUUGUGCUUUUUUUCAUUUGCUUCUUGAGACUGGGUGUGUGUGGCUCAGCUUCCGUGGCGUGUUCGGUUUGGUCCGUGUGUGUGUGUGUGUACUUGAAGAGAACUGUCGUGUCUGAUUUGCACUACUGGGGAGACUAGAGUUGCCUGCCUGACAACUUGGGUGUGAUGCUAGGACUCUGAGGGCAAACUGCUGAAAAACAAAGUGUUUAAGGAUGACAUUUCUGACCAUUUGUGUUUUGUUGUUGUUUAAAUUUAGACAAAACGGCUUUGGAAGGGGAAGUCUCAUACAGGUUAUAGGUCUUUCUCUAGAUUUCAGGUGCUUGCAACUGGACUGCAGACUCUCCCAAUCACGGGCAUUUUACCUUCUCCGAACACUGCAGUUUGUUAGACUAGAGCUGAGGCUGGAGGAUUCCAUAGUGCUUUAAACAUGAUGCAUGUUUUAAUGGAGAAAAAAAAAAUAGCUGGUUUCUAUUAACUGUGUAGACAGUAAACAAAAACCUUAAUACUUACUAUCUUCUUUUCAGAAUUAGUUUAUUUUUGUCAGUUACAGUCCUAGAUAUACUUACUGCUGGUACAGUUGUACUCUAAGAUUUGUAUUUGAUGUUCACUUUACUCACAAGUGGCGCCGGGGACAGCCAGCUCCUGGCAGGCUCUGGCAGUGGGCAGUUGAGCAGUCAGCCGGCUUCGGUGUAGGAUGCUGGAGUUUUGGCUGCAGGCUGACGACAUCAUCACUUGUUUUUUGCAUCCCUGUCUGCUUUGUUGCAGGAACGCAGGGGAGGUGGAGUUUGUGUCUUCCAACUUCCCUCGAUGCAGAAACUGCUGCCUUUGAACUCUCUUAGCUGCACGUCAGAUUCCUGACAAUCUGUGAUAUGGUAUUUUGUAUGCUUCCUCGUACACUGGGGCCAAGGCAGUAUACAUUCCUAUGACUUUAUACAGUUAUUACUGCAUUUAUUAUUGUUUGCUAUAUUACUAGCUACUAACUAGAAAUUAGGUGAAGCAGCGAGCGUGACAGAUGGCUGUGGCAGUCCACAGUGGCUGUUCAUUGGUCAUGAGCGUUUCAAUUCCCUGCCCUUGCAGUGUCUGCACACAGCCUGGCCCACCAGAGGGCUUCCCAUGAGGCACCUGACCAGGUGAUGUGGAUGUGGCCACCGCACAUGGGAGGUUGGACGGGCUGGUUUUCAGUAUGAGAAGAAUCCAGCUUAGCUGCUCAAUUUUGGAAAUUGGCACCAAAUAGAAAGGUUGGAGGACUGGCACAAGGUGGCUGCAGGCCUUUCAAAAAGCAGAAGAAAAGCCCUUUUCCUCUCACCCUGCACACAUUUCACUCCCACUUUACUGGGCUUCCAAGCUUUGGCAUUCAGGCCCCUAUAUUUUCUGUAGGAAAAAAAUCAUUGAGAACACUUUUUUUAUAUAGGUAACUUUAAGACCAUCAUUACGCUGUGCGUAAAGAAUGUACAGAGAAAUUUGUAGGUAUUUUUUGAAGAACAAUUAAUUUGUUAAUGAUAUGUAGCUAUUUAAUUUUUCCCUUUCCUAUUGUAAUCAUUUUUUUUGUUGUUUGGAAAAAAAGUUGAUCUUUUUUUGUCAUAGAUUUGUCUGUAAGUGCAGGAACACACAGUUACUCUAUGAGAACACCGCGUCUGCAUUAACAGCCACUGGUUGGUUACUGCCACAGGCUGCCGAGCGUCGUAGUGGGAGAACCGCCCGCUGCUGACCGGCUUGGUGGGGGGUGCUCCCGGGACAGUCCUCUCGUCAGUGAGCGAGGUCACCACUUUGGGAGGGGUCUGCGGUGCUGACAGCAGGGUCCUUAGUGCACUGACCUAUCUGGAAUAGGCAGUACCCUGGAGGGGCCUGAGGCAGAGGAGGCAGCAGAAAACCAAACCUGUCCCUGAGAGAGAGGGUCCUCCCUGCGUUAGAAGGGGCUCCGUGCAGUCCUUCCCAGAGCCGCGCCAUCUGCAGUGCGUUCCGACCCUCCUCUCCAUGUUUGUAAAUCUGUAAUAUACCAUUCUCUGUGGCCUGUUUUUCCUGGAAGAAGAAAAAAAAAGGUUUGGCAGGCCAUCUUUUUUUUUGUACUUAAAAGUAGCCUUAAGAACAAUAAUAAAGUGCUCUUAAACCA